GGGGCAAACGCGAGUUUGGCGCGCGCGCAGCGCGUUGUUUCCUGACUUUUUCCAACUUUUUUCUGGUUUUGUUUACCGCCUGUGUUGUUGUCUUUGUCAGAUAAGAGAUUGAAGAGUGUCUUUGUUGACUAUUAAGAAGAGAGAAAGAAUAGCAGAAGAGAAUUUUGCUAUCGAGAAGUUGAAAGGAUAGAAAAAAGAGAAGAUCGAAAGGAAAAGAAAGAAGAGACGCAGCACGCAAUCGACAUCGAUCGAGCAUCGCAUCUAGUUACAAAUAUCAGAAGAAAUGGCAGAGGAAACUGAUAGCCAGACUGUGUUUAAGGAACUUUCGAAACUCGAGCACGAGUUUGAGCAAGCCGAGUUUGAGAUCCUGAAAUACUCGACAAAGCUACUAAAGCCGCUGUACGAGAAACGAAAGGCGCUGCUGCCCAAGGUCGAGAAGUUUUGGUCGGUGGCGUUUGAGCAGAUUGGCGAGGAUCUUGAUCAGUAUUUGACUCCUUUAGAUGCGGAGCUGCUCGAGUCUCUGGACACAAUCGACCUCGACCGCGACGAAACUGACCCGCGAACGUUCACUCUGACGUUCUCAUUCAAGGACAACAAAUUCCUCGAGACCACCACGCUCUCGAAAACAUUCACCUACGUGCCCAAGCCGUCGUCACCCGAGGACGACGACGACGAAGACAGCGAGGACAUCACCGAGUCUGCGCGGGUGUCGUACAAGUCGACAAAGGCGCCGAUCAAGUGGAAGCAGGGCCAGGACCUGACAAAGACAAAGCCCGGGCAGCCGAUCUCGUUCUUCACGUUCUUUGAGUGGGAGAAUAAGGGCGAGGAGGAGGACGCGAAGGGGGGUGAUGUGUUUGCGAAUGCGCAUGAGGUUGCGAUUUUGAUUGCGGAGGAGUUGUAUCCUAAUGCGGUUAAGUUAUACACCGAUGCGUUGAUUGAAGAGGAAGAAGACGACGAGGAAGAAAUCGAUCUUGAAGAAAUGCUAACGAUCGAAAUAACAGACGAAGAGGACGACGACGAAGACGAAGAAGACGAACCUCCUCGGAAGAAAUCAAAGAAAUAA